UAAGACGACGGCGAUCCUGUAGAAGGCGGCUAUCAUCGUCCGAUCUGUGCAAUACAAUAAUACCAGCUUGGCGAGUUGCAUGUUAAUUAAUUCUGUUAUUCCACUUAGGCAAACAGGUACCUAGGUAUCUGCGUUGCUUUCAAUAUAUGCCACUCAUGAGCCACGAACGUGGCUCUCCUGAGUGAUGAGUGAUUGUUGCGAAUGCAUGCUGCGACCCAAUCAUAAGAUGACCCCGCACAGCAAUGCAGAGCAGGAGGAGCCUGCAACAGAGCUCCCAAUGACAGACAGCAGAUCAGAAACGGAUGACAGCGGAUCCGAAAUGGAUGAAGAGGAGAUAAAGAGGUGGUAUUCCGCGACGUAUAAGCGCGGCUCAAAACCCCCCAUGAAGAAGCCUCUCACGGCGGCUUGGGGUCUGCCUAUAAGCGACGCAGACCUCGCCAAGCUCAAGGUCGGGCUCAGACCCCGAGAUAUGGACGACAAAUGGGAGAUACUGAUCGAGGACCCGGACGAAAACGGCAACGUGUCCAUCCACAUAACCCGAAGCUGGUUGCAGGAGGAGUGCUACAUACUUCACAUUGUUCCGAGAAGCAACGAUGAGGGCGAGAGCGCAAGGAUCGAAAGCAUUACCUGGGAAGGGAACAAGGGGGGGCUGCAGUGCGAGGCAGAGCAGGCCGAGAAGGAAGCCGUGAUGCUUUGCCGAGGCCAUCUCCACUGCGAGUUUGAAGCUCUCCCCCAGUACCCGUCCUCAGCGUUCUGGGAUAGCAAAGCUUAUAAGAAGCUGGAUGCGGAAUAAGUUACUAGCCCUCGAGGAGGCCUUAGAUAAGUUGAAGAUUUUCGAGGCAUAACUACCUGCCUUUAUUAAUUUAGGGGCAAUUUUAUUAACAACAUCAAUAUGCUUGUUUAUGAAAUAUUAUUUUUACUGCAGUCUACAGCUAAUAAUAGCGAAGGCGCAAAUCUCUUUUAUAAACACUAGUACCUUACGCUAAGCUCACGACACUGUUAGGGAGACCUCAUAUUCGAGAAACCCUGACCUGACCUGGCCUGACGUGGUCGCUGAUCUGACAAGCGUGGAGUUAUCUCAUAUCAGCGGUGAGGGUAUUCCUCACCCGCGUCCUCGAACAUAUGGAUCGAGGUCUAAUGGGUCAAUGCAGUAACCCGUAGACUUUACCGGGGGA